AUGCAGCGCUGCAAUUGGCGGGAAGGGGAGCGGUCGAUUAGCUGUGGAUGGGGCGGAGCAGCCCCAGCCCCGCGAUUGGCCCUUCGCCGCUCCCGUCGAGCUCGGGCCCGCGUCCGUCCAGCGGCCAAUCAGCGGGCGGCUAGCACGGGCUGCGGGCGGGGGAGGGCAGAGAGCGGCGCUCCCAUUGGCUGCGCGCGGCGCGGGGAGCGGUUUGAAUCGGCGGCGGCGGCGGGCGGGGAGGUGAUAAUGGCAAAGUAUAAGAAACGCCGACGAAAACAGAGAGCCAGAGCAAAAUUCUUACUGGAAAAAAAAGGAGGUGCUGGUAACCCCCAGGGCUCGGGUUGCCCUUCUCCACGGUCAACAGGAGAUCUUCCUCUGAACACGUCAUCUGUCCCGAGCCAUCUGUCCUCACUCUGGUCAUUAGCCUUGCCCAGUGUAAAAAGUGUAGUAAAACCCUUUACAACAACAGCAUCAUUUUUGUAUUGUUGGUGCCAGAACACGGUUGCACAGAGUUUUAAGGUGGUUAAAGACACCGUAUUUCCAUCACAAAUCUACUUAAGGGAGCUAAAUACCUUCAGAGAGCAGCUGGAAAAGUUGGAAACUGAAUUUUCCAGACUACAAGGAACACUCCAGAUGAAUGGAAUUGCAGCCUUCUCUUCAGAAAAUUCUCUUUGUCAAAUGUGUAACAAACCAGUUCUGGGUGCUCCUGGACAAAUGCAGAUGGGCCCGCCAUCAUUAGUAUCCAGGCCUUCCGCAAUGCAGCCGCAGCCUGUAUCUGCGCCCCCUCCUCCUCCACCGCCACCACCACUCCCGCCACCAAAACUGCCUCCAGCACCUCUCCUCCUCAAACGGGGCAACGGCUCUAAAGCACUUCUGGCACCAUCACUGAAAAAAGAUGAGCCAAUGCAGAUCACUCUCAAAGAUCUCCUGAAUGUUAAACUGAAGAAGACGGACAGCAACCGGAGAAUGGACAAGGCAGACUCGCCAGUGAAGACACGCAGGGCAUUAAUUACAGUCUCAGAUCUACAGAGUGUUAGUCUGAGACCUAAAUCCAAGCCAUCAGCUCACAUUACAAACUCCUUAAUUACCCCUCCUAAAAAUCAGUUAGAUCUUCGAAAACAUCUGAAGAAAGUCAAUAUACAAAGAAGUCCCGGUGGCACUCCGCUAAAUAGUAAAGAAAACAUUGAAUGUGGGUCUGGGUUGACACCAAUAAUGACACAGGCACUGCGGCGCAAAUUUCAGAUGGCUCAUCCAAAGAGUCCCUCGCCAGCCCGGUUAAGUGCGGCACACAGCUUUGAUGAACAAAAAUAGGUUUAUGGAACAACGUGGGUUUCGUUUGUGGUCAGGAAGCCACUCGAAUCCCACUUUAAUCUCACUCGGGCAUAUGUAUUUGUAAGUAAAUCUAGUGUGUACGAGAACGGGGCAUUAUGAAACCCCAUUAGCAGAUUUCUGCUUUUUAAAGUCAGCAUCUUUCUCAUGUGUG